AUGGCUGUUGCACGAGACACCACAGUCAUUUUUUUAUCACAGGUCGUAUUUUUCUUUCUUGGCUGGUUGUUUUUUAUGAAGCAGCUUUUUCGUGACUAUGAAGUACACCAAAAAAUGGUUCAGUUAUUUUUUUCAAUAACCUUUGCGUUAUCAUGCACUCUAUUUGAGUUGAUUAUUUUUGAAAUUCUCGGGGUCCUUGAGCCGAGUUCAAGAUUCCUACAUUGGAAACUCGCUCUUUACUCCGUGUUGUUCGUACUUAUUGUUGUUUUACCAAAUUAUGUAUCUUUUUCAAUCUUGAGCUCGAUCUCUUUUGUUCGUCGUAACUGGUUGCUGCCUUUGACUUUUUCGGCUUGGCUGGUAUUUAUAUAUUUUUUUUGGAAAACGGGAGAUCCAUUUCCAAUACUGAGUCCCAAACAUGGGAUUUUUACAAUAGAACAAGCGAUCUCUAGAGUUGGGGUAAUCGGAGUAACAGUUAUGGCAGUUCUGUCUGGGUUUGGUGCUGUCAAUGCUCCUUAUACGUGCCUGGCAUUCUUUACACGUUCUGUUGAACAGUCUAGUAUUACAAAGAUGGAAAUUAAAUUGAUGCGAACGAUGAGCACAAUAGUCGCUAAGAAGAGGCGUCUGUGUUUAUUGGAGAGGGAGUUGACAAACAGAUUCGUAAAUUUGAUAUUCAAGGUACUGCAUUUGAUGCGCUGGAAUUUUAGUACUUUAAAUGGCGAAAUAAUCCCUUUGGAGCAGUUAAGCCGUUACAUAUUCUUGGAAGUCGUUGAAUUAAGGAAUAUGAAAGACCGUUUGGAUUACAGUAAAACGUGGCAAGGGCGAUACUUUAACGUGUUAGGUUAUUUCUUUUCUGGUUAUUGUGUUUACAAAAUUAUCAUUUCAACUAUUAACAUUAUUUUUAACCGUGUUGGUAAAGAGGACCCAGUUACGAAAGGAAUUCGUAUUGCGGUGGAGUAUAUGGAAAUUCAGUUGGAUGUGCAGUUCUGGUCGCAGCAUAUUUCUUUCCUUCUAGUUGGCGUUAUAGUAGUUACAUCAAUUCGUGGAUUGUUAAUUCAGUUAACUAAGUUUUUUGAUAAAAUUUCGAGCAGUAAAUCAUCAAAUCUUAUUGUCCUGCUCUUAGCUCAAAUUAUGGGUAUGUACUUUGUGUCCAGUGUACUUCUAAUGCGAAUGAACAUGCCUGUUGAAUACAGAUCAAUAAUAACGGAAGUGCUUGGAGGAUUACAGUUCAAUUUUUAUCAUCAGUGGUUUGACCUAAUGUUUUUAAUAUCUGCCUUGGUUAGCAUUGCCUUCUUAUGGCUGGCUCAUAAGCAGACUCCAGAAGUUUGA